CAUCACUUAGUCAAAACUCACCACUCGUUUCUCACAACUGUUCAUCAUGAAACAAAUCAUCAAUCUUGCCAGCCCCGAGGUCAAGGCCGAACUCUCUGAGGGUCCCAUCCCCUCACCCGCCGCCCAUCAAGUCCUCAUCAAGGUCGUCGUGUCUGGCAGUAAUCCAAAAGACUGGAAGGUUCCUGGUUUGGCUGCGGGCUAUGAUGGACCUGAAGACACGAUGAUGGGUAGGGCCAAGAAGGGCGUUAACCAAGGCGACGACAUUGCUGGUAUUGUGGAGAAGGUGGGAGAUAACGUCUUGGAAUUCAAGGUGGGAGAUCGCGUCGCAGCUUUCCAUGAGAUGUGCGCCCCGGGAGGUUCGUAUGCGGAGUAUGCGCUUGCAUGGGACUGGACUACUUUCCACCUUCCUGGAUCCACAUCCUUCGAAGAAGCAUCGACCAUCCCGCUGGCCAGUCUAACCGCCAUGGUGGCGAUAUUCAGGCAUCUCCAGCUACCGACCCCUUGGAGCCCAGCGACGACCUCCAUCCCUCUGAUCAUUUACGGUGGCAGCACAUCUGUCGGCGCGUUUGCGAUUAAGUUGGCACAAAACAGCAACAUCCACCCGAUCAUCGCCAUCGCAGGAAACGGGUUGAAAUAUGUCGAGACUCUUCUCGAUAGCUCAAAGGGCGAUGUCGUGUUCAACCAUCGUGAUGGCUCGGACGAAAUGAUCCGCAAGAUUCGCGCUCACCUCAAAGCCGGCAACUACCCGCAGCUGAAACACGGCUUGGAUCCUGGCAUCGGCGAACCGAGCCAAAAGGUCCUGACUGAGAUCGUAGCCAAGGACGGCGCUAUCAAUCUUGUCGCCCCGAGCAACUGGGACACUGGGUCUAUAGAUCGGACGGUUACUUCGGUGGGCACAGUGCACAACCAGGACGAUGGUGCGUAUGGCCGUGAAAAUAGUGACCUUGGGCUUGUUACAUGCCGAUGGUUCUCGAGGGCACUGCAGGCGGGCACUUUCAAGGGCCACCCAUUCGAAGUCAAGCGAGGUGGAUUGGCCGCUGUGGAGCAGGCGCUGAAGGAUCUGAAAGAUGGAAAGAAUAGUGCAGUUAAGUAUGUCUUCCGGAUUGCAGACACCCCGGGUCUUUGAACAUCUUGUAUAGUAGUUAUCUUAAACUAAACGAUUCAACACAUGAAGCAAGG